UGAUGAACCUAUGACAACAUUCUAUAGGUGUUGUAAUCAAGAGUGUUCGCACAAUUGGAGGGAUUAAACAUGAGAAGUACAACAUUUUUGUAUAAUUUAAUUAAAAGCGUCGAUUUAAAUUUAAAAUUAAAAAUGGCGCAAAUAGUUUCCGUUAAUGAUAUUGAUGCUGUUCAAACGGCGAUAGAAAUUUUAAAAUCGGGUGAAGUAAUCGCUUUACCGACUGAUACAGUUUAUGGUUUAGCUUGUUGUGCCACAAACAUUGAAGCCGUUAAUAAACUGUACGAAAUUAAAGCUCGAAACGAAAAUAAACCUGUCGCAAUUUGCGUUGGACGUGAAAAAGAUGUUAAAAAAUGGGCGGAAGUUUCACAUUUACCAAGUGGAUUAUUAAAAUCAUUACUUCCCGGUCCGGUUACGUUAGUUUUAAAUUGUGCUAGAAAACUAGAUAAAUCCUUAAAUUUCGAUGGAAAAAUCGGCGUUAGAAUCCCUGAUUACGAUUUUAUUAGGAACGUUUGUGACGGAUUAAAUUCGCCAAUUGCUUUAACAAGCGCUAAUUUUAGUGGGGAUCCUAGUUCGGUGAGGAUUGAGGAGUUUAAAGGUUUAUGGGCGAAAAUAGGGGGGAUUUUUGAUGGAGGGAUUUUAGGUGUUGGUGAUUCAAAUCGCGGCGCAUCUACAGUUGUUGAUUUAUCUAAAGUAGGUUAUUUUAAAAUUAUGAGGAAUGGUAUUGCAUUUGAAAGUACCCGUAAAAUAUUAAUUGAUUAUGGAAUCGAUGAUUGUACGGUUAAAUAAGGUGUUUUUUAGUUUAAUUGAUUAAAAAAAUUAAAUAUAAAAGCAAUAAAGUAAAGGAGAUUAAUUUUA